AAUGUAGGAGGCUUCUUCCUGAUUGGAGGUGUAAUCAUGUUCUUUGAUCGCUCAAUGUUGGCCAUGGGAAACAUCCUGUUCCUAGCCGGUAUUACCCUACUCCUCGGAGUCCAACGAACAUUCCUCUUCUUCGCGCGUCGCCAGAAGAUCAAGGGCACGGCAGCCUUUGUCGCCGGCAUCAUUCUCAUCCUCCUCCGCUGGCCAUUGAUCGGGUUUCUCGUCGAGAUAUACGGCAUCUUUAUACUGUUCGGCGAGUUUUUCAAGACGAUAGCUGGUUUUGCGUACAACAUUCCUGUCGUGGGACCAUACCUUGCCAGGGGUCUUCAGAAGGCAGGAGAGAAGGCCGGAGAGGGAAACAAGAACAAAGAUCUGCCCGUCUAG